UGUACAACCAUGAACCCUCAUGCUUCAAACACCCACUUGAAUGCUCCUCAUCUCUCCGACCUCCCUGCAACGACGCCGUUUCAGGAUGCGUCGCCAUCGUUAUGGCCCACGGCGCUGUCCAGCCGCAGCUCCAGCUUCCGGAGCAUUUUCUCCGCCGAGAACUGGGCGGAGCUGCCGCUGAAAGAGGACGACGCUGACGACAUGGUUAUCUACGGCACUCUGCUUGAGGCCGCCGCCACCACCGGAUGGUUCCCGGAAAAUGGCAGUGGGGUGAGCAAAGUUGCAGUUAAAAAGGAAAAUGGGGGUGAAAGCAGUGGCACCAAAGGCGGGAGUGGAACUCACGCGCCUCCGGUGAAGGGGUUGAGCUACCGAGGCGUGCGGAGGAGGCCGUGGGGGAAGUUUGCGGCGGAGAUAAGAGAUGCUAAGAGGAAUGGUGUGAGAGUGUGGCUUGGAACCUAUGAAACUGCUGAGGACGCAGCUUUGGCUUAUGAUCGAGCUGCGUUUCGAAUGCACGGCUCCAAAGCAAAGCUCAAUUUUCCACAUUUGAUUGGUUCGGAUGAAGCCGAACCAGUUAGGGUUACAUCAAAGAAACGUCCGUUGAAUGUUUUACCAUAA